AUGGAACCCGAAACUGCAAAAGGUAAAAGAAGAGAUACUCUUGUCCACACGCUACACAAUGCAAAACACAAACAGUGUAAAGAUGAUGAACGGCAACUAAUCAAAACCAUCACCGUUCCAUGUUCUAGAACGCUCAGUUGUCCACUGGAGAGAUUGGCGCUUGAAUCUGAACUUAGCCACAAAUACAAUCAAUUGCAGCGUCAAAAGUUCUACUACAAAUGGGGUGUCUGGAGUUCUGGCGACUUAUCAAAACCUGAUACGGUACUUGAGACUCCAAAUGAUUUCAAACAGCUUAUGUGGGACUUGAAGAAGAACCUUUGGACAAGACUUACAGUGUUUCGACUGCCAUUGAUUCCAUUAAGGAGACACUAUUUGGGUGGCUCAACCUUGGAGUUCAAAUACACAAACUACCAUACAGCCAUUGAAGCCUUUAAACUAGUGGCAGAAGCCAUCUUGACUAAUAAGAUCUAUGACAUGCCUCAAGGAUUCAUAGGCAUACUUGGAAUCACCUUGAAACAACUGACUCCAUCACUGUAUUCUAUAAUAAGAAUCUGGUGCACAGAUUCUAAAAACGUUGCUUCUCUUGCAAAGUCCGUAGCACUUGGGCUCUCAUGUUCACUUGAAAACGAGUGGGACGAUUGCGUUCAAGUCAACAACCUCGACAAUACCCAGCUCCGGUUGGUGUAG